AGGGAGGAGGGCCACUCCACAGACAGACACAGCAGCGUAGACAGCGUGGCUGCUUUGUCGCAGUAACACAACUUGUCGAGCAGCUGCUCCAAACAUCCUCAGGUGGAAACGGCAUGCCGCCGGUCAGUCUGCACUACCUGUGACCGGCGAACCGAACCGAGCCUUUGCCAACAACACCCGCAGGGUUCGUGCUCGGCUUGCCCCCCCUCACACCCCCCUCCCUGUCACUGGAAGCUGGCGCCGAAGCGAAGGGGAGGAAAAAGACCGAGAAACGCUUCGCUCCCCCGGCGCCGGGGAGCCACCAACCCCGUAUCGGCCGGACGGACCCAACCGCAGCGGUUGGUUAGCGGGAAGCUAGCAGCCACAAACCGAUGAUAUCCUCUCAGUUCGGGUUCAGGCUCGUCUGACAGCUUUGGCCAGAAAUCAGUGGCCGGCAGCCUGAAGAUGGUUUGAGCCAUGAAGGGCUGCACCGUCCAGUCAGCCAAAUAGGAGGGCCCCUCUCUCUCUGUGUCUCUCUCAAAGGUCGCGCUCUUCAGCUUACCUGUGCAACGGCGCUGAGAGACCGAGCGGAAGAUGCCUCCGCGGCCAUCCUCGGGGGAGCUGUGGGGCCUCCACUUGAUGCCUCCAAGGAUCCAUGUGGACUGCCUGCUACCCAACGGGAUGAUCCUGACCUUGGAGUGUCUCCGAGAGGCCACCCUAAUUACCAUCAAGCAUGAGCUGUUCAAGGAGGCCAGAAAAUAUCCUCUCCAUCACCUACUGCAAGAGGAAACCUCUUACAUCUUUGUCAGUGUUACACAGGAGGCGGAGCGGGAGGAGUUCUUUGAUGAGACCCGAAGGUUGUGUGACCUGCGACUCUUCCAGCCUUUUCUCAAAGUCAUCGAGCCGGUCGGCAACAGAGAAGAGAAGAUCCUGAACAGAGAGAUUGGUUUUGCCAUCGGUAUGCCCGUGUGUGAGUUCGAUCUUGUGAAGGACCCCGAGGUUCAGGACUUCAGGAGAAACAUCCUUAAUGUUUGUAAAGACUCUGUGGAGCUGAGAAAUGCCAGUGGUCCUCACAGCAGAGCGCUGUAUGUUUACCCUCCCAAUAUUGAGUCGACAGAGGAGCUUCCCAGACACAUCUACAGCAAACUUGACAAAGGUCAGAUUAUUGUGGUAAUAUGGGUCAUCGUCUCGCCAAACAAUGACAAACAAAAGUAUACACUAAAGAUCAACCAUGACUGUGUGCCUGAACAGGUGAUCGCAGAGGCCAUUCGCAAGAAGACGCGCAGUAUGCUGCUGUCCACAGAGCAGCUGAAGCAGUGUGUUUUAGAGUACCAGGGCAAAUACAUCCUCAAAGUAUGUGGCUGCGAUGAAUACCUGCUGGAAAAGUACCCUAUAAGCCAGUACAAGUACGUCCGUAGUUGCAUGAUGCUGGGCAGGAUGCCUAACCUGAUGCUGAUGUCCAAAGACGGCCUGUACACCCAGCUGCCGACGGAUAACUUCGUCAUGCCGUCGUAUUCUCGGCGCAUCUCCACGGCAGCUUCGUAUAUGAACGGAGAGGCGUCCUUCAAGUCACUGUGGAGCAUCAAAGAGACUCUGCGGAUACGAAUCCUUUGUGCCACCUACGUCAACGUGAAUAUAAGGGACAUAGACAAGAUUUAUGUGAGGACUGGAAUUUACCAUGGAGGUGAACAAAUGUGUGACAACGUCAACACGCAGAGAGUGCCUUGCUCUAAUCCCAGGUGGAAUGAGUGGCUCACCUACGACAUGUACAUCCCGGACAUCCCCCGAGCUGCCAGACUCUGCCUCUCCAUCUGCGCUGUCAAAGGCAGGAAGGGAGCCAAGGAAGAACACUGUCCACUAAGUUUUGGCAACAUUAACCUGUUUGACUACACCCACACUCUGGUGGCCAACAAGAUGGCUCUGAACCUCUGGCCUGUCCCGCACGGCCUCGAAGACCUCCUCAACCCAAUAGGAGUCACUGGAUCUAAUCCCAAUAAGGAAACACCAUGUCUGGAGCUGGAGUUCGAACACUUCAGUGGUCCUAUCAAAUACCCGGAUAUGAAGGCGGUGGAAGAUCACGCAAACUGGAUCACCUCCAGGGUACCUCAACAAAGCGGUCGCGUGGCCAGAGAUCACGCCCUGACGGAGAGCGACAGCGAACAGAUGAGACAGCUGAGUAACCGGGACCCUCUGUCAGAAAUCACCGAGCAGGAGAAAGACUUUCUCUGGAGAAACAGGCAGUAUUGCAUGAAAAUGCCAGAGAUCCUUCCUAAAAUCCUGCUGGCUGUUAAGUGGAACUCCAGAGAUGAAGUAGCACAGACGUAUUGCCUGUUGAAGGAGUUGCCGUCUCUCCUUCCAGAAGAGGCCAUGGAGCUGCUGGACUUUAACUAUCCAGACCCUUUGGUCAGACACUUUGCUGUACGCUGCCUUGACGAAAACCUCACCGACGAUAAACUCUCCCAGUAUCUUAUCCAGCUUGUUCAGGUAUUAAAAUAUGAGCAGUAUCUUGAUAGUCCACUGGCUCGCUUCCUGCUCAAAAAGGCCCUGACCAAUCAAAGGAUAGGGCAUUUUUUCUUCUGGCAUCUCAAGUCAGAAAUGCACAAUAAAACUGUGAGUCAGAGGUUUGGGCUCCUCCUGGAAGCUUACUGCCGGGCCUGUGGCAUGUACCUGAAACACCUGAGCAGGCAGGUGGAAGCCAUGGAGAAGCUCAUCAACCUCACUGACAUCCUCAAACAGGAAAAAAAAGACGAGACGCAAAAGGUCCAGAUGAAGUUUCUCGUCGAGCAGAUGAAGAGACCAGACUACAUGGAUGCUCUGCAGAACUUCACCUCCCCUCUCAACCCUGCACAUCAGCUGGGAAAUCUGAGGUUGAACGAGUGCAGGAUCAUGUCAUCAGCAAAGAGGCCACUGUGGCUCAACUGGGAGAAUCCUGACAUCAUGUCCGAGACCCUGUUCCAGAAUAACGAGAUCAUCUUCAAAAACGGAGAUGAUUUGCGGCAGGAUAUGCUGACGUUGCAGAUAAUCAAAAUCAUGGAGAACAUUUGGCAGAAUCAGGGUCUGGACCUACGGAUGUUGCCCUAUGGCUGUCUGUCGUUGGGGGACUGCGUGGGCCUAAUAGAGGUGGUUCGAAACUCGCACACCAUCAUGCAGAUUCAGUGUAAAGGAGGCCUGAAGGGAGCCUUGCAGUUCAACUCCAACACGCUGCAUCAGUGGCUCAAGGACAAGAACAAAGGAGAGAUGUAUGACAACGCCGUGGAUCUGUUUACAAGGUCGUGCGCUGGCUACUGUGUAGCUACCUUUAUUCUGGGGAUAGGAGACAGGCACAACAGCAACAUUAUGGUCAAAGAAAACGGACAGUUGUUUCAUAUAGAUUUUGGCCAUUUCCUGGAUCACAAGAAGAAGAAAUUUGGCUACAAGAGGGAGAGAGUCCCGUUCGUGCUGACACAAGACUUCCUCAUCGUUAUCAGUAAGGGAUCCCAGGAGUGCACAAAGACCAAAGAGUUCGAGAGGUUCCAGGAAAUGUGCUACAAAGCGUACCUCGCCAUCCGACAACACGCCAACCUCUUCAUCAACCUCUUCUCCAUGAUGCUGGGCUCGGGAAUGCCUGAGCUGCAGUCGUUUGACGACAUCGCUUACAUACGGAAGACGCUGGCGCUGGAGAAAACCGAGCAGGAGGCCUUGGACUACUUUAUGAAACAGAUGAACGAUGCUCACCAUGGAGGUUGGACCACCAAGAUGGAUUGGAUUUUCCACACAAUCAGACACCAACUAAACUAAUCCCACCACCCAGAAGAGAUGCAUCAGUCUCAACAAGGACUAUUUAUUAUUAUUUACCAGAAGCAAAACUCUUCGGAAGGAAUUUGAUUUUCCCUUCGAGCAAAAUUGAUAAAACUUUGUGUAAGUUUCCAUUUUUAUUUAUAUUUGAAGCACUUUUUUUUUUCUUCCUUAUUUUGUAAACGGGGCUCUGGGUUUUUACCAUUUUCAUUGGACUAUUCUCUUUGUUUACCUUUUUCUUGGGUCUGCUGCUUUUGUCAGCGUGUCUGAUUUUCCUCAGGACCCUCUGACGAUGGUAACCUUGAUGAGGCUUUAUUUUUGUCUUCCCCAGAGUUUCAAGUUUAGAAAAAAAAA